CAGCAGGUCGCUGAUGGAAAACUGAGGGAUUUACCCCACCUUCUGGCUCUAUUUAUGUUUCUCUUUUGAGGGCACUAUCCGUCGGAGAAAAAACACAAUAAUUCUGGAAUAUCAACUAAUCGCAGAUCCAGCCUUGUUUGGGACCGUCGCAACGCGUCAUGUAUGAAGGCAAAAAGACGAAAAACAUGUUUUUAACCCGAGCUUUGGAGAAGAUCUUGGCCGACAAGGAGGUGAAAAAGGCUCAUCACUCUCAGCUGCGCAAAGCCUGUGAGGUGGCACUAGAGGAAAUCAAGGAGGAAUCCGAGAAAUUAAGCCCACCAGCAGGGGACAACAAGUCAGGUUCCAGUACUUUGCCACCAGUCAAAUCCAAGACCAGCUUCAUUGAAGCAGAUAGGUACUUCCUGCCGUUUGAGUUGGCCUGUCAGUCCAAAUGUCCCCGCAUCGUCGUCACCUCUCUAGACUGUUUACAGAAACUCAUAGCAUAUGGUCACCUGACGGGAAGCGCCCCUGACAACACCAUCCCAGGAAAAAAGCUCAUUGACCGGAUCAUAGAGACUAUAUGUGGCUGUUUCCAAGGGCCGCAGACAGAUGAAGGCGUCCAGUUGCAGAUUAUAAAGGCCUUGCUUACAGCCGUGACCUCUCAGCACAUAGAGAUCCAUGAAGGUACAGUGCUGCAGGCAGUAAGAACAUGCUACAACAUCUAUCUGGCCAGUAAGAACCUCAUCAACCAGACCACAGCCAAAGCAACCCUCACCCAGAUGCUCAAUGUGAUUUUCGCCCGCAUGGAGAACCAAGCACUUACAAAUCACAAGAUCAGUUGGUCUUUGGCAUCCAGAAAGCGUGAUCGUCAGCUACAGGAGGCUAAGCAGAUGGAGAAAGAGAGGCACAGGCAGCAUUCUCCUGUCAGCCAACAAGAGCCAGAGUCUCCUGAACAGCGGCACGCUGCUGAUACACCAGCCGAAAGCCUGCCUGCAGAGGCCAACGGCAGCAAGGCCGAGCAGGGCACCCCUACCCACGAAAGUCCUGAGACAGAGAAUGGCGCUGACGUCUGUCCAGCAGAGAACGAGCAGACCGAGGCAGACCAGGCUACUGCUGCUGCGCAAAGUGCAGCCGGGCAUGGUACGGAAACCACUGAGGAAGAAGAUGGCCAGAACUACGAAGAAAGGGCGCAAGAGAUUGUACAGAGCAUUUUGCAAGAAGUCGUAAACACAGUGGCUGCAGAUAUCAAGGAAAGCCAUGAAGGUGAGGCUGAGCCAGCUGAGGGCAUUCCAAUCUCACUGGAGGAUGAGGGAGGGCUGGGUAGUGACAGCGAAAACGUUCACGCCAAUGGCAUCCCUGGCACGCCAAUCUCGGCCAACUUCACUCCUUCGCUGACUGAAGACAGAUUGUCUGUCUCCUCCAAUGACACUCAGGAAUCUGUAGCUACCACUGGGCCAGCAUCAGGUGCAAAGUUUUCACAUAUCCUCCAGAAAGAUGCCUUCUUGGUGUUCCGUUCUCUUUGCAAGCUCUCCAUGAAGCCGCUUUCAGAUGGUCCCCCUGAUCCAAAAUCCCAUGAGCUGCGGUCCAAGGUCCUCUCCCUACAGCUCCUCCUGUCCAUUCUUCAGAAUGCUGGCCCCAUCUUUAAGACCAAUGAGAUGUUCAUCAAUGCCAUCAAGCAGUACCUUUGCGUGGCGCUUUCCAAAAACGGUGUCUCCUCCGUCCCUGAGGUGUUCGAGCUGUCCCUGUCCAUCUUCCUCACCCUCCUGUCCAACUUUAAGACUCAUCUCAAGAUGCAAAUCGAGGUGUUUUUCAAAGAGAUUUUUCUGUAUAUUCUUGAAACGUCCACAAGUUCAUAUGACCACAAGUGGAUGGUCAUUCAAACACUCACCAGAAUAUGUGCUGAUGCCCAGAGUGUGGUAGAUAUCUAUGUAAAUUAUGAUUGUGACCUGAAUGCUGCUAACAUUUUUGAGAGGCUGGUGAAUGACCUCUCUAAGAUUGCACAAGGAAGAGGAGGACAUGAACUGGGUACAAGCCCACUUCAGGAGCUGACUCUAAGGAAGAAAGGACUGGAGUGCCUAGUAUCCAUUCUCAAAUGUAUGGUGGAGUGGAGCAAAGACCAAUAUGUCAACCCUAAUUCCCAGACCAGUCUUGGCCAAGAAAAGCCUUUAGAGCAGGAGACCAAUGAGUCGAAGCACCCAGAAACUAUUAACCGUUAUGACAGCAUAAACUCUCUGGACUCCACCGCCUCAUCGGGCAUCGGAAGCUACAGCACACAGAUGUCAGGAACAGACAACCCUGAGCAGUUUGAGGUCCUCAAACAGCAGAAGGAGAUCAUAGAGCAAGGCAUCGACCUGUUCAACAAGAAACCAAAGAGAGGCAUUCAGUACCUGCAGGAGCAAGGCAUGCUGGGAACCACGCCGGAAGACAUUGCCCAGUUUUUACAUCAGGAGGAGAGGCUUGACUCUAUCCAGGUAGGAGAAUUUCUUGGGGACAACGAUCGCAUCAAUAAAGAGGUCAUGUAUGCAUAUGUCGACCAAAUGGACUUCCAGGGCAAAGACUUCGUACCGGCGCUGCGCGUGUUCCUCGAGGGUUUCCGUCUGCCUGGAGAGGCCCAGAAAAUCGAUCGACUGAUGGAGAAAUUUGCUGCUAGAUAUUUAGAAUGCAACCAAAGGCAAACUCUGUUUGCAAGCGCAGACACUGCGUAUGUCCUGGCGUAUUCAAUCAUCAUGUUGACUACCGAUCUACACAGUCCGCAGGUGAAGAACAAAAUGACAAAAGAGCAAUACAUCAAGAUGAACAGAGGGAUCAAUGACAGUAAAGAUUUACCGGAGGAGUAUCUUUCAGCCAUUUAUGAUGAAAUCGCAGGGAAGAAAAUAUCCAUGAAGGAGACAAAGGAAUUACCUCUCAAAUCAAAUAAGCAAAAUGUGGCCAGUGAAAAGCAGAGGAGGCUUCUGUAUAAUGUUGAAAUGGAGCAGAUGGCAAAGACAGCCAAGGCUCUGAUGGAGGCCGUGAGCCACGUCCAGGCCCCCUUUACCAGCGCCACCCAUCUCGAGCACGUCAGACCCAUGUUUAAGCUGGCAUGGACACCAUUCUUGGCUGCGUUCAGUGUGGGUCUGCAAGACUGUGAUGAUGCUCUGGUGGCCUCUCUGUGUCUGGAGGGGAUUCGCUGUGCUAUCAGGAUAGCAUGUAUCUUCAGCAUUCAGGAGAUAGGUAGAAUGACAGCCUGGAACCACAUGAGGUUGGAGCGAGAUGCAUAUGUUCAGGCCCUGGCCCGCUUCACGCUGUUAACGGCCAGCUCUGGCAUCACGGAGAUGAAGCAGAAGAACAUUGACACCAUCAAGACUCUCAUUACGGUGGCCCACACUGAUGGAAAUUAUCUAGGAACCUCCUGGCAUGAGAUCCUGAAGUGCAUCAGUCAGCUGGAGUUGGCCCAGCUCAUCGGGACCGGAGUGAAGGCUCGAUACAUAUCAGGAACAGUCCGGGGGAAGGAAGGCUUUAUCACCAGCACCAAGGAACAAACAUCUGAUGAGUAUCUAGGCUUAGGAGGGAAUGUUGAUCGUAAACAGAUCGCAAGCAUACAGGAGUCUAUCGGCGAGACCAGCUCACAAAGUGUGGUAGUUGCUGUGGACAGGAUAUUCACGGGCUCUACCAGACUUGAUGGAAAUGCUAUUGUGGACUUUGUGAGGUGGCUGUGUGCGAUAUCAAUGGACGAACUGGCCUCCCCUACACACCCUCGAAUGUUCAGUUUACAGAAGAUCGUGGAGAUAUCAUACUACAACAUGGGUCGUAUCAGGCUGCAGUGGUCCAGAAUAUGGGAGGUUAUAGGAGAUCAUUUCAACAAGGUCGGCUGUAAUCCUAAUGAGGAUGUUGCUAUUUUCGCUGUGGAUUCUCUCAGGCAGCUCUCCAUGAAAUUUUUGGAGAAGGGAGAGUUGGCCAAUUUCAGAUUCCAAAAGGAUUUCCUGAGGCCCUUUGAGCACAUAAUGAAAAAGAACAGAUCUCCUACCAUCAGAGACAUGGUGGUCCGCUGUAUAGCUCAGAUGGUUAACUCUCAGGCUGGGAAUAUUAGAUCAGGAUGGAAGAACAUUUUCUCUGUGUUUCAUCUCGCUGCCUCUGAUCAGGAUGAGAGUAUAGUGGAGCUGGCCUUCCAGACAACUGGACACAUCGUCACGAAUGUAUUUGAGAAGCAUUUCCCUGCUACCAUUGACUCCUUCCAAGACGCUGUCAAAUGUCUGUCUGAGUUCGCCUGCAAUGCUUCAUUCCCCGACACCAGCAUGGAGGCCAUCCGUCUGAUCCGCCAUUGCGCCAAAUAUGUCUCCGAACGACCUCAGGCAUUUAAAGACUACACCAGUGAUGACAUGAAUGUUGCACCGGAGGACCGUGUCUGGGUGAGAGGCUGGUUCCCCAUCCUCUUUGAGUUGUCAUGCAUCAUCAACAGGUGUAAGCUGGACGUCCGGACCAGGGGGCUAACGGUGAUGUUUGAGGUGAUGAAGACGUACGGUCACACCUUUGAGAAACACUGGUGGCAAGAUCUGUUCCGCAUUGUAUUCAGGAUCUUCGACAACAUGAAGCUUCCUGAGCAACAGACUGAGGCAACAGAAUGGAUGACCACCACCUGUAAUCAUGCACUUUAUGCGAUAUGUGACGUUUUCACACAGUACUUUGAAUCUCUCAGUGAUGUUUUGUUAGAUGAUAUCCUCUCUCAGCUCUACUGGUGUGUGCAGCAAGAUAAUGAGCAGUUAGCCAGAUCAGGUACAAAUUGCCUUGAAAACGUGGUCAUACUUAAUGGUGAGAAGUUUAACCUUGAGACCUGGGACAAAACCUGCAACUGUAUGCUAGAUAUCUUCAAAACCACCAUCCCACAUACGCUGUUGACAUGGAGACCGGCUGGUACAGAGGGAGAUCGUGUGACUCAGCUGGACUCAGAUAAACAGCUGGACUCUGUUUCUCAGAAGUCAGUGGAUAUUCAGAUGCGAUCUGAUGACCAGCAAUCUGUGAGCAGUAUGGAGAAGGCUUUGGCUGACAACCGCAGACAGAGUCAGUUCAGUGGUGCUUUAGGCAUGUAUCAGGGUGGACAGGCAUCCACAUUAGAAGCCCAGGAACAGCGUCUGUUUGCAGCUCUACUUAUAAAGUGUGUGGUGCAGCUGGAGCUCAUUCAGACUAUAGACAACAUUGUGUUCUUUCCAGCAACCAGUAAGAAGGAGGAUGCUGAGAACUUUGCAGCAGCACAGCGAGAUGCUUUGGACACUGAUGUACAUGUGGAUACUCAGGACCAGGGAAUGUAUUGCUACCUGACCUCAGAACAGCUCUUUAAACUGCUUGACUGUCUACUGGAUUCUCAUCAAUUUGCAAAGUCCUUUAACUCUAAUAACGAACAGAGGACUGCGCUGUGGAAGGCCGGUUUCAAAGGGAAGUCGAAGCCCAAUCUGCUGAAACAAGAGACUAGCAGCCUGGCGUGUGGCCUGCGCAUCCUUUUCCGCAUGUACACGGACCACAGCAGGCAAGAUGCCUGGGAGGAGGUGCAGAGGAGACUGCUCAAUGUGUGCAGUGACGCUGUGGCCUACUUCCUUACCCUGACGUCUGAGAGCCACCGUGAGGCUUGGACCAACCUGCUGCUGCUCUUCCUGACCAAAGUGCUUAAGAUUAGUGAUGACCGAUUCAAGGCCCAUGCGUCACGAUACUAUCCUCUUCUGUGUGAGAUCAUGCAGUUUGACCUGAUCCCAGAGCUGAGGGCCGUGCUGCGCAAGUUCUUCCUGCGCAUCGGAUUGGUGUUCCAGAUCACACAUAGUUUGGAACCACAACAGGCCUCGGAUAUGCCCCACAGCGCCUAGGAGCAACAGUGCUUGUCUGUUGUAAAGCUCCUGUCUUUUCAUCAGCUGUCUGAAACACUGUAGGAUAUGAUAAUAUGAUCUCCUGCAAACAAUGAGAACCGAGGAGGUCCAGAAAAGAGUGGACUGCAUCAGAGAGUCCAGUUUCUUUACGAUGGUACUAAUAUCAACCCCAAUGCUUGCCCUUUCAUGGGGGUGCUUCAGACAAACAACCAAUCACAGACCAGGAAUCAUGCCCCACCCAAUGGACAACUGACCAGGCCUUAUACAAUAAGAUCAAAUUAUCUAAAACAUCAUGAGGAUGCUGAAUCGCUACUACUAUUCAAAUGCUUGACCUUUGAGAUCUUCAGAUAGUCCAAAUAUAUUUCACAAGUGUCUUGUCAUUAUAUUAAAAGCUGUUUGAAGAAGGAAAGAAGGGUUUGAUAUCAAGCAAGCAAUGUAGUGUUUCCUCAAGUGAUUCAAGAUUUUGUUUAUUUUGUUUUGUUUGCACUGCUAAUGGUUAACAUUAGCAUGGAUAACUGCUUGGAAGAAACUAGUUGUACAGAAUUCCAGCUUUGUAAUAUAAUCUCACAACACUAGAUUUUGUUUCCCGUAUCUUUUUGUUUUUCUGAAUUUGCUGCAAUUAUUUUAAUUUUCCUUUUUAUUAUCAAAAAUGCACUGGAGAUUUUUACUUUUGUGAUAAAUUAUUGAACUAUGCUAUCUAUCCCUCCAUAACUGUCCAGCUAGAGAUUUCUAAAUGAUACAAGAUAUAAACUAAUGAGUUCAAUUACUCAAUUACAUUUUAUAUAUGCUGACACAUUGUUUUUAUUAUUAUUAAACACAGAGGGCAACUGAGAUCCUGUAAAAGGGAAAAAAAUGGAACUUGAAAAUUGAGGGCAACCUAAAUGUGAGCUGCAUCUGAAUCACUGGUUUGUAUCUGUUUGAAGUUAGGCUUCACUCUAUAUGUACACAUUUAAAAAAAAAAAAAAAAAAAAAAAGUGAAUAUAUUUAAAAUCUUUUUUGGUUUUGGGGGUGGGUUGUCUUGUAUAGAAAUUAAUGAUAGCUGCGCUUUAAACCCGUCAAUGGAAAUGAGGAUCUGAAGCAUUCCUGGUUUGUCAGGGUGAACUGUAAUGGUAAAACCCUGUAAAGUUUUCUAUCUGGAAUAAAAUGGUCUGUACAUCUCUAGA